UCAAUUCCUGGGAAUAAAAUGACAUUGAAACAAAUCAACUUUAUUCCAUUCUUCUUUGAAAUAACACUGUUCUUUAAUCAAUAUAAAUUAUGUACAUAUUUUACAUUCAUUAUUUCAUAAUCAUUUCAAUGUUUACAAUAGUUCAUUCAAUCUUUUUAACAAGUAUAUUACAUUACUUUAUAAUAACAGCUGAUGAAAGUCGACCAAACGACAAUCAUAAUAAGAAUGUAUAUAAUAGUAAUAAUAAUAAUAAUAAAUGUAUUAUUAUAGAAGAAAUCUUGAUUAGUACAUUUGUAUGUGAUUUAAUGUUUCUUUAUGAUCAUUAUACACCGAAAAAUACAUCAAAGACUUCACUGAUAUUAAAUAUCUUAAAUGAAAAUCAACAUUUUCAAAUUAUUGAUAAUCAUCAAUUAGUAACAAGAGGACGUAUUGAUCGUGAAUAUUAUGUAUUUGAAAAAUUAUGCCAAAAUAUUCAAAAGAAUAAUAAUAUGAUAAUGAAUUUUGACGAGGAUUAUUCCUUAUUAAAUGAAGGAAUUCAUAAAGCUACUGAUGAUCAGUCUAAUUUUCUUUGA